AUGCACGAUUCUUCCUGGGAUACAGCAGAUAUCCACGGAGUUUCACAGUUUCUUGAUGUAUCGCAAGCUACCAUCAAUAGUUUACUACAUCAGGACUUAUUUUCGUCCAUCUUUUCGUCUUUAAUAAAACGGUAUAAAGAAUAUGGGAAUUUAAAAAACAACGAAUUAAUUGCGGAAGUAAACUUUGAGCAACAGUCUCGAAUUUUGGAAAAGAGAUUACUCGAGUCUGAGAAACAACUGGACGCGUCUAAAUUUGACAACGAGAAUCUUCAAAAGUCAUUUCUUUUAUCUGAAGAGAAUUCUAAAAAGAACUAUGAUUUAUAUCAAAUUGCACAGAAAAACGCGGAGGCAUUCAAGACAGAACGCGAUGAAGCGAAAUAUGAUUUCGAACGUAUAUACAAAGAUAGUUCACGGCUUCGAGAAUCACUUGUUCAGAAUUCGAAAGAUUUACAAGAAAAAAAUACAGUCAUUGAUGGCUAUAAAAAUCAACUCUUAAUGUACAAUCGGAAAGUCUUAGAAGUCGAUCAUUUACAACAGCAGGUACAAUCAACAAAAUCUUCUUACGAUUUCGAACUUCAAAAGUUGUCAAAAAAGAACUCGAUACUGGACAACAACAAUACGUGGCUCAAUCAAGUCAUUGAAGAUCUGAAUGCCAAGUUAUUGAAGCUCCAUCAAUCUACUUCGAUGGAAAAAUCACAGCUUAAUUCACAAUUGACGGAUGCGAACUUAAAUAGUGAUCUUUUGCAAAGCAAAGUGGAUUCGUUAACUAAGCAUUGUGCUGAAAUUCAACUGAAGCACGAAGCAUGUCUUAAUGAACUCUCUGAGCUGAAGAAACAACAUGAAAAUGUUCUUUUUUCGUUUCAGAAAGACUUAGAAUCACAAAAGCAACUUACCGAUCUAUGGACCGAUAAGUAUAAGACGCUUCAAAAUCAUUCUGAGCAUCUUCAAAAUGCUAAUUCUGAAUUGGAUACAUUACUUAGAGAUGCUCAACGGUCUCUUGAGGACCAAAAUUCUAUUUUUGAAAAAAAUUUAUCAUCUAAUCAGUCUAAUGUGGAGUUUUUGAAAAAGGAAAUAGCAAGCCUGGAAUCGCAGCUUAUUUUAGCAAACGAAAGGCUUGCUAACUCUGAAGAUCCCGAUUUCUCUUUUUCUUUAAAAUCUAAAGAACAGUCAUUAUCUGUAUCCGACUUGUAUACAGAAAGGUUGUACUUUAAGCAAAAAUACGAGCAUUGCAAACAGCAAGUAGAUCGUUUACAGCGAAACCUGAACGAAACAAUGAGUGAAGUAAAUAUGCAGCACCCUCUUAUUAAAGAACAAUUCGAACGUUUUAAUAAAAAACAAAAGGAGAUUGCGGCAAUGAGCCAGCAAUACCAAAAGUCUUUAACAGAUUUCAAAAAAACGCAGUCAGAUUUCAAGACUCUCGAAAUACAAUACAAGGAUAAGUCCAUGGAAAACAACCAUUUUGAGCAACAAAUUCGUGAUUUAACUCACCAAGUCCAAAUCUUGCUUCACGAAAUAGACCUUCGCGAUUCCGGGACGAUGUUUACAAGCCAAGAGCGUCAAGUAUUUCGAAGUCUGGUAGAGGGAUCUUCGAAUGCUGCUGAAAGCGAUACUAAUCAGCUCAUAUCUGAUCGCCUUGUUGCUUUUAAAAAUAUAGCUGAAUUGCAACAACAAAACCAAAAGUUGCUUUCAGUUAUUCGUGACCUCGCCCAAGAAUUGGAGAAACGCGAAAGCAUUUCUGAUGUUUCAAACGUUCAAAAUGAUACUCUGUUGAAUGCUAAUCGUACGAUUGACGAACUUACUCACCAACUGGAGUUUAUGAACGAGCAACUUAAUGGUUGUAUAAAGGAACGUGACUUUUUCCGAACAUUAACUCAAGAAAAUGACCUUUUAAAAUUUAAUGAUGAUUCCUUGGAUUUGAAUAAAGCGAUUAAAUUGAAGGAGAAACUAGGCAACCAACGGUCUUCCAUACAGCUUGACUUAUUAACGGACGAAUUAGAAAGCUUCAAAUACGUUGCAAAUGAAAAAGAGAAGAAACUAUUGGAGAAACUCAAAUCUUUGGAAGCCGCUAAUUUUGACUUGCAAAAUCUUAAUUCAACCAUAAAGGUUGAUUUGGCUAAGGCCAUUGAAAAGUGCAAUCAUUGUGAUCUUAAAUUGAAAACAAACGAAGAAGAGAACAGUGUACUACACGAAAAGUAUAAAUUUUUGCAAGAACAAUACCAUAAUAGUUUACAAGAAUAUCAAGCUAUAUCUGGUCAGUUAAGCGUGUAUACAAAGCAAGUGGAAAUUUAUCGGUAUGAUCUAGAAAAUUUGCACAAUGAGAAGAAUCUUUGGAACAGUGUCGAAUCGAAAAUAAGCUUCGAAUGCUCGCAACUUAACGCUUCCCUGUUAUCUGUUCAGCAAGAAAACAACCAAUUAAAAGCACAGUUACAAUUUCGCGAGCAAGACCAUGAUGGGAUCGUUAAUUUAUUGAAUAAUCGUCUCGCUGAGUGUUCUGUGGAUUUAAGAAAUGCAAAUGCUAAGAUUUCCGAAUACACUGAUGACAUUAAGAAUAUUACUCUGCAGAAUUCUUACAAUAUAAAAGACUACCAGAUGCAAUUGAAUACCAUGGGAAUCAAAGUUUCCGAGCUAAAGCAAGAGCUCACAUCUCAGGUUACUCGCUGCACAAGUCUUGUUAGCGAAAAUCGGGAACUCAAGGAUAACUUGAGAUUGACUCAAGAAAGAUACAUGAAUUUACAAACGAGUUUUCUAUCUUCGAAAUCAUCCGGAGAUCCAGUUACGUCUGAUACAGAUAAUCUUAAAAAAGAUUUAGAGACAGCUAAAAGCGAACUUCAACACCUCGGUGAUGAAUAUCAAAAGCUUCAGCAAAAGUGUUUAGCAUCUGAAAAAACGUUGGAAUUGAUGAAUGAAACUCAUGAUCAAUUCAAGCAUAUCAUGGAGUUAGAGUUAAAAGAGAAAGAAGACAAGAUUAAAAACCUUUACGCGGAAGUUUGUCAGUUGAAGCAAGAUGUUAACGUGACCCGACAAGACAAAGAUCUAAAAAGUCGUGAGUUAAUGACCCAAAUUGAGAGUUUAACCAGGGAAAAAGAUGAAUUGAUGAAUUAUAAGGAGGAAAAUCAGCUUAUUCGUGAUGAGUCCGAGAAAAUAGUAAGUACUCUGAAAAAUGACUUGGAGAAACAGAUACAAUUAGCCAGAGAAGCUCAUUCAAAUUUUGAGACCGAAAUUAUAAACCAUGGUUCUACUACUCAAAAACUUUUUGACAUGCGCAGUGAAUUUGAAGAAGUCAAAGCGAACUAUCUCGAGUUAAAGUCUAAAUCUGAGGAAUGGACGAGUACGCAUGCAAACUCAGAAGGUAAUUGGAAAAAACAAAAGGAUAAUUUGGAAUUCGAAUUAGCCUCAUUAAAAGAACAGCUGGAUGGUUUGGAAUCCCAAAAUAGAAUACUUCAUUCUCAAUUUGAUUCUGUCAGUCAUCAAGUGGAAUUUUUACAAAACAAUUCUUCCGAAGAUACAGCGCUUAUAUCCAAAAUGGAUCCUACUGGAGGCGGCGAGCUACGUGAGCUCGUCAAUUAUCUUCGUCACGAAAAAGAAAUCACUGCCAAUAAACACGAGUUAGCUUCGCUGGAUAAUAAACGAUUAAGUCAGCAGGUAAAAAGUCUUCAAGGGACCAUCGAUUCUUUGAGCUUCGAGAUUGCCAGGCUGAGGGGAUCCGCGGAUACCGACGACUCUCAAAAACGAGAGUUUCUAAGUGGGUCUGACGAACUUCGUCUGUUAUAUGAGAGCAAUGAAGUCCUUCGCAAAGAGAAUGAAUCAAAACGCACAAAGAUCAAUGCUACAGAAUCCAAGCUUAUUGACGUUGAGAGCAAAUUUGAGUCAUUAAAUGUUGAAAUUAACGAUCUCAAAAUCGAGGUAGAUGCCAAGAAUGAGAGCAUAAAACUACUCCAUGAAGAUAACGAAAGAUGGAAAACACGGUUUCAAUCUGUUUUGACUAGAUAUGAAAGAAUGGAUCCAUCUCAAUAUGAAGAACUCAAGACCAAGUUUGACCAUCUUCAUGCUGAAAAGCAAGAGCUAGAAUCUGCGUUUCAAAAGCUGAAGGAAGAGGAUGAGAAGCUCAAAGGAGAUUCGGAGCAAAUAUCGGCUUUGAAAAUGGAAAUUGAACAACUAAAUGCAAAGAAUGUCAAGUUGGCUAGUGCUUGGAACGAACGUUAUGAAAGUCUUAUCAAUUCAAGCAAAGCUAGGUUCUCUCAAUUAAGACAGGAGAUUACAACAAGGGAUAAGGAAUUAGGUUCCCAAAAAGAUGAGAAUAAAAACCUUUCGAAAGAACUCGAAAUUCUCCGUGCAGAAACGAAGACAAAUUCUGUCGAAUCGAAAGAAACAGUUUCUAAAAAUGAAUUUCAACAAUUGGAGCAGCUAAAAGACUCAUUGGAGAAAGAACUUUCUGCUGCUAAGGAAAGCUUAGAAUCUUUGAGUAAACAAAAAGAAAGUGAGUUGUCUUCUAAUGCAAGCCACUCUCAGGAAUUAGAAAAGCAACUGGAACAGAAGAUACAGGAGAACGAAAAGUUUUCUCAACAAAUGAAUACACUUUCGCAAGAACUAGCUUCUGUCAAAGACGCACAACUUCAGCAAAUACCAUCAGAUCAUCCUGAAGCUAUUGAUUUCCAGCGAAAAUUAGAGACGCUGAAGAGUGACUUCAAUAAAGAAAAGGAUGCAUCCUUGGAAGAUAUGCGCUCAAAACUUUUAGAAGAAAAAUCUAAAGAACGUGAAAGUCUUCAAAAGGAGCUGAACAAGAGUCAGACAACAAUGCAAAAACUCGAAUCUGAUUUGCAAUCCCUGAAGAGCACAUCAAAUGAUAAAUCUGAGCCAGAACUUGAAGUCCUAGUAAAGGAAAGAUUAGAAAAGGCAUUACAAGAAAAAGAUGAGACUUUCAAAAAUCGACUCAACAGAGCUGUCGCUGAGACAGAAAUUCGUAACAAGGCGAAGUUAUCAAUUUACGAGAAAAAAACUAGAGACCUACAAUCAAAGGUUGCAGAACUUGAAGGGACAAUUAGCCGCCUGGACGAACAGAUAAAAACACAAAAGACUGCAGAAAGCUCUUCGAAGCCUAAUGUUGUGAAAGGCAAAGAGUCUUCUCAGACAUCUAAUCAAGGUGAUCAGCCUGCUAAAUCUCUAAGUUCUAGAUUACAAGCAACCGGCAAUAAGCAGAAGCCAAAUGUUGCUAAACCCGCUGUAGCUCGACCUGUACCAAUGAAGCCAGAAGGUGGAAAAUUAUCUAUCACAGGUGCUUCCAAACGAAUAGCAACCGGCAAAAAUGCAGGUCAGGCCAAACGCCAACGUGAUGAUUCUAACAAGAAGGAUAUUUCAAAAUGA